UAGGGAGCUGGAGAGACUCCCGGAUUCCCGGAUGUAGCGAUCUGGUGUUUUUUUUUUUUUUAAACCAACAUGGCGUUUGGAAAGUGAACUCGGCUGGCUUUGGAUGGAUAUAUUUCUCACGCGAAAAAAAAAAAACCCAAAACAAACCUAAAAGCAGCAACUUUUGUGGUAAACUUCCAGCUUCGUAUUGCAACGGCGCGACGAAGGAGUGAAAGGCACAGGUCUGAUGUCCGCCAUGUUCACGAAGAAGAAGAAGCUUCGCAUCCAGAUCUCGGCACCGUCCAACUUUGAGCACCGCGUGCACACGGACUUCGACCAGAACGAGCAGAAGUACGUGGGGCUGCCGCGGCAAUGGCAGAGCUUGAUCGAGGAGUCGGCCAAGCGCCCCAAACCACUCAUCGACGCCUCCUGCAUCACCACCGUGGAGCCCCGCAAGGCGAUCGUUCGCGGCAGUAAGAUCUCUGUGGACGGCGCGUCUCUCACAUGGCUGCUGGACGAAUUCGAGACCAUGUCUGUGACUCGCUCCAACUCUCUCCGUCGGGGCAGCCCCCCAUCCCAAACCCGCCGGGACUCCGCCACUUCCGGGGGGCACGAAAACGGGGAGGCAGCCAGACCGAGACCCCCUGGUGAGAGAGAGGGGGGAGGAGGAGGGGAGAGGCAGAGACAGGGAGGCAGGGAAGAUCCAGACAGGAGACCCUCCAGACCUCAACACCAACAGCAGCAGCCCAGAGGGCAGGAGCCCAGCCACAACCGGGACAGACCACCGCCCCCCCCUUCCAGAACAGAACUGAGCCGGAGGCAGGACCGGGAGGGGGGGAAUCGCCACCAGAGCCAGCCAGGGGAAGAGGACAGGGUGGUGAGAAGGGACCCCGGGCAGGAGAGGAGGCCCAAGUCCAGCUACACCGGCCCAAACACCAGCAGCCCCCAGUCCCCCCGGGAUAAGCGUCCGCUCUCCGGAUCCAAUAUCAGGUCCCCCAGCCUGCCCGUCACUGACGGGGUGAUCAAGACAACACAGCCGACCGGGAGACCCUUCAAUACGUACCCCCGAGCAGAGACCGACGCAGGGAGGGGCGCAGGCACCCUGCCCAGCAGCAAACCCAACGAAGCCCCUUCUCACAACGGGCCCCCCAGCCACACCAGGGACCACAGGGGCCACAGCAACCCCAGCACGGGCAGCAGAGGAGGAAGAGGAACAGGUAGCGGGGGCAGCAUCGGGGGCAAAAUACCCCAGGGGAAACUGCGGGCCAUCCCACCCGACCACCAUUCCUCCCACCCCGGCCUGGGGCCGCACCCCUCCACUCCCACCCCCACCACACCCCCCCCCUCCUCCUCUUCCUCAGACCCACACCUCCCCAGAUUCGGUGGCGGGGGCGCCCUCCCUUCCCAGCCUCCCUCCUUCUCCUCCUCCUCCCAGCCGCCGCCUCCUCCCCAGACCCGGUCCCCCGGCAAGGAGCCCCAGCGCGUGUCUCAUGAGCAGUUCAGGGCGGCCCUCCAGAUGGUGGUGGAUCCAGGGGACCCCCGGACGUACCUGGACCACUACAUCAAGAUCGGGGAGGGCUCCACGGGGAUCGUGUGCAUCGCCACGGUCAAGAGCAGCGGCAAGCUGGUGGCCGUCAAGAAGAUGGACCUUCGCAAGCAGCAGAGGAGGGAGCUGCUCUUCAAUGAGGUGGUUAUAAUGAGGGACUAUCACCACGAGAAUGUGGUUGAGAUGUACAACAGCUACCUGGUUGGAGACGAGCUCUGGGUCGUCAUGGAGUUCCUGGAGGGCGGGGCCUUGACUGACAUCGUCACGCACACCAGGAUGAAUGAGGAGCAGAUCGCCACGGUCUGUCUGUCUGUCCUGAAGGCGCUGUCUGUCCUUCACGCGCAGGGCGUGAUCCACAGAGACAUCAAGAGCGACUCAAUCCUCCUCACACACGAUGGCAGGGUGAAGCUGUCUGAUUUUGGGUUCUGCGCUCAGGUCUCUAAAGAGGUGCAGCGGAGGAAGUCUUUGGUCGGGACCCCGUACUGGAUGGCUCCAGAGCUCAUAUCCAGGCUGCCGUACGGGCCAGAGGUGGAUAUCUGGUCCCUGGGGGUGAUGGUAAUCGAGAUGGUGGAUGGGGAGCCCCCUUAUUUCAACGAGCCCCCCCUCAAAGCCAUGAAGAUGAUCCGCGACAACCUGCCCCCCAAACUGAAAAACCUUCACAAGGUCUCUCCUUUGCUCAAAGGCUUCUUGGACAAAUUGCUGGUUCGAGACCCCACCCAGAGAGCCACAGCCAAUGAGCUGCUGAAGCACCCGUUCCUGACCAAGUCGGGCCCGCCUUCCUGCAUCGUCCCACUAAUGAGGCAGAACCGCCAGUGAGAGGGGCGGAGCUGGACGUGACAUCACUGACCCUGAAGGAAGAUACUGGGGCAGCCUCAAAACUGUCACAGACGCAUGUACGAAGGGGCAAAAAAAAAAUAAGAGAUACAAACAGGAAUUCAGGUAGCUCAGAUAGACUGGAUCUCUAGCAGUUUAGGCUACCACUAUUUCUCUGCCUUUUCCUAGAGAUUUUUCAUUCCUUUUGUAAAAAAAAAAAUGUGGUGACCAGCACAAAACAGCGUUACCUUUUUUUCCUCUGAACUUUGCAAUGAAAAUGCCACAGCACAUUUUUGGGGGCUGUUGUCCUUGUGUCUCUAUCCCAUAAUAAACGGCCUUAAAACACUAACGCUACAUUGAAGAGGUCAGUAGCGAUUGUCAUGCCUGGGAAUCCCACUGAAGCAAUCGCAAGGAAAAAUGAAGCCUGGAAACAGGUGCUUCUCGAUGGGGGAUUGGGGGAGGGUUACUGUGAAAUCUACAGAACUUGCUUGGUUGUUAAAAGUGACAGAGUACCUUUAUAGUAAUGACAACUGGAUAUAUCUCUCGAGGGUGUUUUUUUUAAUUAUUAUUAUUAUUUUUUAAUUAAUUUCUGUGACACUACUGUCUUAUACAGAGGGACAAAGCCACCAAAAUCAAAAAUACUACUGACUGCAAAAAGAGGACCAUGAUUUAUAUAUAUAUAUAUAUAAAUCUGAAGUAUAUUAUUAUUAUUAUUAUUAUUAUUAUUAUUAUUAUAUUUUUUAGGAAUAGUUUUGUUGUUUAAGGAAAGAACACAAAUCAAGAUAAACACUGGAAUUGUGGUUUAUGUGUUUUUUUAUUAUAUAAAUAUUAUAAAUAUGUGAUUAAACCUUUUUUUUUUUUUAGCAAGCACUGUUUGUUUGAUGGUUAGAUGUUGCACAUGUUAGAGUGAAACACAUGAAGGGGUGAACUAGUUUCAGCGAGAGCAUAAGAAAAAUGCAUUUUAUUUUCUUACUGGGGCACGUUAACUUUCAAAUAGGAAUAAUUAUCCUUGAGAACUUGCUUCCCCAGUGUCUGUACAAGUUGUCUUUUAAAGAAUCUGUUAUUGCAGUCUUUCUGGGUGUGUCCCUUUUUGCUAGAAGGUUGUAAAAUUAGACUCCCACUUCACAGCAGUUUGAUCCAUUCCUGGUUUUACAGUAAGUUUAAUAAGACACACCUGAACUUGUUAGCUAGACACACUGGGGCUGAUCAAGCUGGUAGUAAAACCUGGAAUGGAUUAAACUGUCGUGGAGCAGGAGUCUUGUUUCCAUCCCUGUUUCUCCCUGUCACCUAUAUUUUACACAGGAGCCCCGGCAUCCUUUUGCAGCCCCAGUGGCACUGGGUACAUGAUUCUCUUUACCUUCAGUCCUCUCAGAAUUGCAGAAAAGGGCUUCCGUUCAGGGUGACUUUGUUGGGUACGAUUUUGUGUUUUUGCCCCUCCUUUUCCUUUUAGUGAGUCUCGGGCAAAACUUUUACCCGAAUCAACAGAGCCCAAGUAGUUCCUCUACAGACUGGCUGUCUGUCCCCAUUUGAAAUGAGUCUCCCCACGUAGCUGCUGAGUUAGCUUCGUUCAGCCUGUUAAUGUGAACCUUGUUUUGUAAUUGGUAUUCCCAGAAGCCAUGUAAGCAAUCCGAUAUCAUUUUUGUUUUCAUGUUGUCUGUAGUUGUUUAAACAUUGGUCUAAGAUUAUCCCUUCAGGGAUGGGAAUAAGACUCCUGUUGCACAGCAGUGUCACCCAUUCCAGGUUUUACUACCAGCUUGAUCAGUCCCAGUGUGUCUAGACAACAAGCUCAGGUGUGUCUUAUUAAACUUGCAGUAAAACCAGGAAUGGAUCAAACUGCUGUGCAACGGGAGUCUUAUUUCCAUCCCUGCCCCUUUUAACUAUUUUAGGAAAUCCAAAACUGUGUUUCUAUGCGGUUCUGUCGUGUCCAAUCAAAUAUAUAGACAAUCAGAGUUGUCUUACUGAACUUCUCCAUGUAUUCGCAUUGAUUUUAUAUAUAUAGUCAUUUUGUUUGAUCAUUUGUAUUUUUUUUUUCUGUCCCCAAACUUUCAAAUUUUUUUUUUUGAUUACAUCAAUGUAGUUUAGUAUGAUUAUAUAAACAGAAGGGCGACAGUGAAUUACAAGGAUAUCAUUGCAUCAAGGGGUUCUGGUGAAACCAUCAACCACAAGAACAAAGCUGAAUUCACCAGAAACCCUGAUAAAAUGCCUAAACUAAUUCACUUCAGCCCCAUAGUGAAUUGAAAACAGGCUGACGUUUUUAGGUAUUUUUUUGGGUUUUUUUUAUGGAAACGGUGCAGAAUAACAUGGCACUUUUUUUAAAAAUAUACUUUUGGUUGGGGGGUGCGCUGGUUUUGUACUAAACGUGAACCUCACAGAGGUGGGAAGGGUGCUGGUUACGGAGGCAAGGAAACCGGUUUCAACGGGACCAGUUGGAGAAUCGCUGGUCCCAAACCAAACUUCACUGGCGGCAUUGAAAGACUUUUCGGUGAAGCUCUGUUUUUUUUAUUUUUUAUUUAUUUGUUAUUACACAGCAGCAUUCUUGGGGUUCGCGGCUGCUGGGAAUGGCGGAACUCUAAACGCAGCUUUUAAGACGAGCGGGUAGACAUUGGGUCUCUGGUCCCUGCUGAUAUGCCAAGCUUCCGGAUCCAUUUGAAAAAUAAAUAAAUACAAAUGUAAAUUACUUUUACAGUUCCAACAGUAUUCUUUUGAUGCUUUUUACUAUGAGUGCAGUGACACGAAUUAUUUGACAUGUGAAGGUGUGUGUUUUGUUUUAGAAAAAGAAUGCUGUUUUUUUUUUUUGUUUUUUUUUUAAAAUUGUUUUUACAAAUACAGUUUAAAAAAAAUAAUAAUAACCUUUUGGUUUCCGUGUGUUUUUUUUUUAUUGUUUGUUUUUUCAAAAUGCAUUUCUUUCUGUGUGUGUGCUGUGUGUGUAUAAAAACUGUCUAAUUUGA